AUGGUCCCGAGAAAUCCCCAUCAGCUCAUUUGGGUCUAUGGUGGGCAAAUUAUGGUUGCGCAAUGGCGGUCGGGGAUAAACGGUUCGGCCGAGAUGUUUAGCUCUCGCGGAGCACAUGAGAUGACCUGUGCACAUGCCGUCGUCUUUGGGAUGACGUCACGACUGCUGGUGUCUAAGGUACCUAUGGCAAUGCCAGCAACGACCCCUGCUGGGUCCCACGCGCCAUUGAUUGAUUGUGACCCACGGCGCGUCCAUUCCAGGUUUCGGUUGGACACCGUCCAACACGGAAUAGUUGUUUAGAUUGGAAGCGCAAUCCGAAGCGGACCCAAGAGUGCAGAUUUAA